CUUCUGUUCCUCCCCCUAUCAUUUCCUGUCCAGGCUCUAAUAUCAAUAGCACGCAAAGCUGUGUGCAUUUUCUUUCAUUCUUACACACCUCCCUCGCCUCUUAACUGCAACACCAUGGAUUGGAUGGUAAUCAUUCCUUUGUAUCUAUGUGCAGGUUUUCAGACAGCAAAUACUUUUAACGUAGACCCAGCUGCUUGGAAGUCCUUCAGCAAUGAUGCUACUGCUUUUGGAUAUAGGGUGAUACAGGGAAACUCCAAGAGCUUGCUGGUUAGUGCUCCUUUAUACUACCAAGGAAACAGGAGAGGAAAAGUUUACGACUGUCAGGUUGGGAAAUCAACAUGCUCUGAAAUACAAAUAAAAGUGCCCCCCCAUGGAAUAAAUAUGUCUCUUGGACUGUCAAUGUCAAAAAACCAUAAGUCACAAAAAACAAUGGUGUGUGGACCCACAUUGUCCAGACAGUGUGACUCUAUUACCACUUACAAUGGCAUGUGCUUCCAGCUGAAUGAACGCCUGGAAGCCGAUGGCGCUGGACUGCCCCCAUCUCUCAGAGAUUGUCCAGCAGGUAUAGAUAUUGUGUUUUUAAUGGAUGGUUCAGGCAGUGUAUCUCCUUUAGAUUUUGGACGAAUUAAAACAUUUGUGAUAAAAUUGAUCGAGUCACUUCUAGGACGCAACAGUAAGUUUGCGGUUAUGCAAUAUUCCACUCGAUUUCAAACAGUUUUUGACUUUAAAACUUUCAAAGAGGAUUCUGACUGGAGAGGACAGAUACGUAAUGUUAGACAACUAUCUGAAUACACCCACACUCCAACAGCCAUCUUCAAAGUUGUCCAUGAGCUGUUUGUCCCUGAAAGUGGAUCUCGGCCAAAAGCUCAUAAAGUCUUAGUGGUCAUAACUGAUGGGCAGACUUUUGGAGACAAUAGGCCUCUGCAACCUGUCAUUGCCGAUGCGGAAGCAAAAGGAAUCAUUCGAUAUGCUAUUGGGGUGGGCAAUGCUUUUAAUCUCAACUCACAAGGGUUAAGAGAGCUGCAGAUUAUCGCCUCACGCCCUACAGCAGACCACCUGUUUAAUGUUGCCAACUUUCAAGCGCUUGACAAACUCAGGGAGACACUGCAAAAGAAUAUCUUUGCUAUUGAAGGCACUCAGACCACUGGUGGAUCAUUUGAGAUGGAACUGGCUCAGGAAGGCUUUAGUUCAGCGUUGUUGUCCUCGGGGGAGAUGGUCAUGGGUGCAGUGGGAGCAUUCGACUGGAAAGGAGGAUACCUGAAAUUCAAACAACCAAGUCUGAACCCUGAUAUUCUCAACAGCAACAAGAUGGUAUCAGACAGUUAUCUUGGCUAUUCUAUGGCUGUUGCUGAGAUGAGCAAUGGAGAGACAUAUAUAAUUUUGGGAGCCCCUAGGUAUCGGCAUGCUGGUCGAGCGGUUAUUUUCUUCUCAAAUACCAAAAGUCAGGAAAUAGAGAGCCAACAGAUUGGUUCAUACUUUGGGGCAGAGGUGUGCACAGUAGAUUUGAAUUCAGACUCCAUAACUGAUCUGCUACUCAUAUCUGCUCCAAUGUACUUAGACAAACAGAGCAACAGCGAGGGCAAGGUCUACGUCUGUACCUUCAUAAACGGGGCUGUGUCAUGUGGAAAUACUGCCCUGGUGGGGGAGCAAGGGGUAAAGGGAAAAUUUGGUUCAUCACUGGCUGCCAUCUCUGAUCUAAAUGGGGAUGGAUUUUCUGAGGUAGCGGUGGGGGCCCCCCUGGAUGACAAUGGUCAGGGUUGUGUGUACAUCUUCAGUGGUGUGACAACAGGGAUCAAGACACCUUACUCCCAGAGAAUCCAGAGUGCAUCUGUACAGCCAGGGCUUCGCUACUUCGGUCAGUCUAUCAGUGGAUCAGUGGAUCAGAGUGGCGAUGCACUGAUAGACAUUGCUGUGGGGUCCAAAGGGAACGUCGUGCUUCUCAGGUCCCGACCAGUGGUGUCAGUGGACGUUACAAUGUCCUUCACACCAUCCAAAAUCCAAGUUACUGACUGCAGUAGAACCACAACCAUCACUGCGAAUGUCUGCUUCUCCAUGCGUAGACAUACUCGGGACACGAGAGCACAGCUGGAAGCACGGGUUGCAUACACACUUAAACUGGAUUCGACUCGAUCUCGCUUUCGUGCCUAUUUCACUUCUACCAAUCAGACUCAGGAGAAAGUCUUCACCCUUACAAUGAAUGCGCAAUGUCAUAGUACUAAAUUUGAGAUUGCUGAGUGCCCAGAGGAUGCUCUGAAUCCCCUGCUCAACGAAAUAACAUUCAGUUUUGAUGGUCUACCAUCUAAGGAGAGUCAAAACCUUUCUCCUGUCCUUGCCCCACAACCACAAACCACGACACACCCAUUAGACUUUGAAAGAAACUGUGGAACGGAUAACAUGUGCAUUGAUGACCUCAGAGUGGAUUUCAAUUUCUCUGGAGCAUCAGAAGUUCAAGUUGGCAUUGCUUCUGUGCUGAAUGUGACUGUUUCAGUUGAGAACAAAGGGGAAGACUCGUACAACUCGCAUGUGCUUUUCACCUACCCACCAGGACUGUCAUAUAGGAGGGUUACUGUGGUACAGGAUUCAUCCAAGAGAGACACAGUGCAGUGCAGUGCCUUAGAUAGUGAGGAUGGAAGAACUGUGGGAAAAAGUAUCUGCUUCGUCAACAAGCCAGUGUUGAGGACGAAAGCUCGGGUUAUUUUCAUAAUUUCAUUGGGAAUAGAUCGCGACAGUCAAUAUGAGCAAGAUGUGAUAUUUACUGCCAAUGCCACAAGUGGAAAUGAUCAACAUGCGGGCAAUGAAAACUUUUUAAAGAAAACGAUCAAAGUGAAAUACAACAUUUACAUGUUGAUAAAAGGUUUGGAGGAAACAACCAGUUAUAUUAAUUUCACAGCCGGUAAAAAUGAUUUAAAGACACCUGUACUGCAUUCAUUUGAAGUUGUAAAUUAUAUCAGAGACCUUAAAGCCUCAGCGAUAUUCAAGGUGCCAAUUAAACUUGGAGAAAAAUAUAUCUGGAGUAAUGCCAGCAGUAUACAAAUUCCAGGUUGCCUUCCAGAACAAGACGAGAAACCUAAUGUGACAAAUUUCAAAGAGAAGCUAAUGAAAGAUCCCACUGUGGACUGCUCGGUGUCAUUAUGUCGAGUGAUAAGGUGCAAUAUGCACCUGCGGAAGGACCAUAAAUUCUCUUACAACAUCUCUGGGGAAGUCAGCUCAUCUUGGAUUGAACAGACCAAACUCACAUCACUGCAUUUGGUCAGCAGAGCAGUUUUGGAUUUUGACCGAAACCAGUAUAUUUAUACAUCUUCAAGUUCUCAAAACACAGCCCCAACCGCAGAGGUUGGUACUCGUGUGGAGGUGUACUCUGAAGCCGACUUUACAAAGGAGAUAAUAGGAGGUGUUGUGGGUGGUCUGGUGCUACUUGCUUUGCUUACUGCCGGGUUGUACAAGGCCGGAUUUUUCAAAAGUCAAUAUAAACACAUGCUGGAGAAUACAGGAGAAGCAGAUGGAAAUGCGGGGGAGGCGGCUGGAGGUGAGGGGGACGCUGCUCCUGCAGCCCCUCAAUAGACCACAUGCCCCUACAUCACUGCCCAGCACAACAUAGCAGCAGUCAAAUUAUUGUGUGUUUAUUCAAUACAUAAACACAAUAGUGUUACAUGACACACCAAAUGGCAACCUAUUUGGAAAAAACAAGUUGUCAUGACAGUUGUCAGGAACAUUAGUUUUUAAUCUAGCUAUUGAUGAAAUGGGUUCACUGAUUCUUAUCAACUUAAGCUUUAUAAGGGCAUAUGCUUAAUUGUAAAUAAGUAAAUGCAUAUGGAACAUGUGAUUGGAAAUAAUGUGUUUUAAGCAUCUAUCCUUCAUUUUUCAGUUUUAGUGGAUUUGGAUCUGUAUGUGAAAAAAAUUUCAUUUUCACAUGCCAAAUACCAGGGUUCCAUUCAAAACGAUUACUAAAUAAAAUUACUAGCGCUUAUUUUUCAUAGAAGAUAAUUAUGGUAGCUUAUUUUGGACAAAGAAGACUGCUUUGAGACAACCAACAGUGUUGUGUGACACAGUAAUAUUGAGGGAAGUUAGUCCCCUUGAUUCGUGUUACAAUGGCAGUAAAUGUUAUUAUUAAAAGUGUGCCUUGCAGCUGGCACAUAGGAUGCAUAAAUUGUAUAGUGAUUAUGCUAUUAAAGUGUGCUAUUAAAAUGAGUAGCUAAUGUUUCAAGCAGAAAAGUACAACAGAAGGAAGGUGCAAAUAUAAUGCUGGUAGGGUGGACUGUCAUGAAAUGUUAAACAAAAAGUGGUGCAGAGUCAGGGACAUGACCUCAGAGUCCAGUGGAUGACCAAGCCUGGAAGAACUGAAGGUCCAUGUCAUCUUGUGAGCCAAGAGUAAGUGAGAGUAUUUAAAGGGAAUUUUCAUCACUCAGUACCGUUAGCUGUUGUGACACAGCUGCAUGGCACGCUUUUAAUACGGGAAGUAUUUACUGCCAGGAGUCAAGGGAACUAACUUCCCUUGAGUUGAUAUUGAUUAUUUUGUGACAUCAUUGAGUUGGGUCGCAGUUAGCCUAGCAUCCAACAUAUGCAUGUUUUACGUCAUCCUUUAUAACGUUUAGCCAUUAGCCAGGUGACAUGGUUGGUUAUGUCACAUUUGGCAUAACAUGUUGCAAAAAAAGUUAUGUCACCCUUUAUGAAAUUACACUUGCUUCUGUAUGAUUUAUGAAGAUGCUUAUGAAGGCAUGUAUCUAAAGCCUUCAUGGGAAACUCUUUGUUUAAAGUGUGACCUUUAAAGAUGCUUUUUGUAAUUUAGGCACUUGCUUUUUUUGUAUUUGGCAUGCAAUUUCCUUUGUGUGCGUUAACAUAUUUGAAUACUUUUACUUUUACUGAAUAUCGGAUUGUUGCACCUGACACCACCAGUGGAAAACAGCAUGUAGAGGAGCAAUUACAGAAUGCACACACAUUGAUUAGAUAUUGAUGCUAAUAUACCAUUGUGAAAAGGUAUAAAAUUUGGCAUUUUUAAAAAUGAGAAAAUGAAGGAUUGUCGCUUAAAUGUUUUUUUUUUCAUUAUGUUUGGAAUGUCAAAAAAUGCUAUUAAAAACAAACUACAGAAAACAAUGGUAACAGCACUGGGAUAUAAGACCAUGUGGUCAGUGUUAACAUCACGUGCCAGAAGCUUCAACAAAUGCUUUACUGUUGAUGCCCAUGCUUUGCAAUACACACAUUUAUUUAGCCAUUUAUGCAUACUUAAAAUGUUGCCAGUGAUUCUUCGGAUACUCAUAUUAUCCAGAUCUAAAUCCAAGAAGUAUCGCCAGGAACCGCACACCUACUCUGCAAAAAAUGAGAAAAGAUAAACAUGAUUUGAGAAACAUUUGGAGUAGGAAAAGACAGUAGGAAAAGAACAUCUUGUUAAAAUUUCUUAUAAUAAAAAAUAUUAAAGAUUGAAUUAAGCAAAAACUAAGACAAUUAAUCUUAGAACAAGAUAAACAAGUUAGUAAUUGACUGAAUUUAAGUUUAUAAUACCCAUAGUUCCCUAAUGUAGUAUACAUUGUAGUAUACAUUAGUUCAGGCUGUUACUGUGUCUUGGAAUAUGGAUGUCAGUUCAUGACCCAGCCUUCCCAACCUACUGUACAGGAAAACCAUUCACUUUUAUUUGUAUUAAAAGCUGUUUUGAGUGUC